UCCAUUCGUCAGAUUGUGUUUGUGCCACUGGGCGUCUGUGUCGGUUUGCAAAACAUUUCUCAGUUUUCGUUUCACUGUGCACAGGCACACGCACGCACGAAAUCGUCGGCGUUGUUAUUAUUAUUCUAUUAUAUAUAUAUUUUUUUUCAUUUGUUUCGAAUUGGUUUUUAUUAUUGUCAUCUUCGUUGUUAUUAUCGAAUCGUAUCAAUCUUUAUUAGCAUAAUAAAAAAUCGUUAAUCUUAUAUACGUUGUUCGUCGCGUUUGUUUUUUACCCACAAUAUUUUAUCACCCGCCGUCGUCGUCCGCGUUUACUAGAUAUUUUUACCGAGCAGUUCUUUUCUCCCUACGUCCGCGCCACACGCCGGUUUUCGAACGCGUCGUGUAAACGUAACCUACUGCUUGCCGAUUUUUUAACUUCUCCCAGAAUCGAUCAUCACCGAAACGAACGCAUUGGAGACGCGCCAUCGAAGUGUAGCAUGUUAGGCCGUCAGACGUCCGCCCUUCUACAUUUGUGAUAAGCAAAGUUUUUCGAUACGGCCUCAAGCUGUGGACUGCAACGCCCUAUUUGAUUCCCCAUCAGGGGCUAUACUAUCCACAAAUGGUUCAAGGAGGAAUUGAUCCAUAUGCAUCACUCGCGGCAGCGUCUGGUGCAUUCCCUAUGCAACAACCCGGACAAAUGGCUGCAAUGACACUUAAGAUGGCCAAUCCUCAACAACCAACUCUAAUGCCUGCUACGGUGGCUGCACCUCAAAAUACAGCUCCACUUCCACCUCAGGUGACUGUAGAAAAUGAUCCACCAUUGCCGCCAAUUGCAUACUCACCUCCGACUGGGCUUAACAUGUCCCUGGCAUCUCAACAACAGCAGCAGCAGCAUCAACAGCAUCAACAGCAUCAACAGCAUCAACAACAUCAACAACAGCAGCAGCAACAACAACAACAGCAGCAGCAGCAGCAGCAACAACAACAACAACAACAGCAGCAGCAGCAGCAACAACAACAACAACAACAGCAGCAGCAGCAGCAGCAACAAUCUGCUGUUGGAUUGAUCAAGUCUGAACAACAACAAAUCACAGUCACUACAGUAUCACAACCGUUGGAAUGUACUAAUGCCACAAAUGCAUUGACUACACCUGUGUCAGUAUCUGUAGCCUCACCAACGAACAUUACCAAUGUUGGAGCUGGGUCCCCUUGUUCAUCUAGCGAAGACAAAAAUAUCCAAUCAAAGAGACUUCAUGUAUCAAAUAUACCCUUUAGAUUUAGAGAGCCUGAUUUGCGUGCCAUGUUUGGGCAAUUUGGACCAAUUCUAGAUGUCGAAAUUAUAUUUAAUGAGCGUGGAUCAAAGGGAUUCGGUUUUGUAACGUUUGGGAAUAGCGCUGACGCUGAUGAGGCUCGCGAACAUCUUCACGGAACAGUUGUUGAAGGCAGAAAAAUAGAGGUUUGCAUGCAAAUAUUUAUGCUAUUAUAUAUAUUAUAUAUAUAAACAUACUUAUAUUUUUACUUAUAAUUUAUAUGUUUACACUUAUUACAUAGUAA